AUGGAUGUCGACAAUGACAUUUACACUCCGGACAAUUUGAAAAGCAACGUGUGGCGCCACUUUGGGUUCUCAAAUAUACAGGGGAAGAUAACAAAGAAGGAUAAAGUAACAUGUAGAAUAUGUAGGACCAAACUCUCAUACCACGGGACAACGAGCAACUUAAGAGCCCACCUGUCUACAUUACAUACCGGCAAGCUGGAGGUGGAGGGGGUGAAGGUGGGGGGAUUGGGGCCGAGGCAGGCCAGAAUCGACACCAUGCUGUCACCUUCACGAGGCCUUCCCUAUGCCCGUCAAAGUAAAGCAACGGAUUUGCUGACACGGUUCAUUUGCGAAGAUAUGAGGCCCAUUAACGCAAUAUAUGGGAGCGGGUUUCAAGCUUUGAUCCACGAGCUAGAGCCAAGAUUCAAUAUCCCCUGCUUCCGGACCAUCAGUGGUAAUAUAACGAAGCUGUACGAGACAACCAAAGAUGGCAUUAGGGAAAUGCUGUGUGGAGAAAAACUCGGACUGACCACUGAUGGGUGGAGUUCUUUGGCUACUGAGUCCUAUGUUACGGUCACAGCCCAUUUCAUCGAUGAGGACUGGGAGAUGAGAAAUGUCGUCCUUGACAUGUCUGAGCUUCAAACCGCUCACACAGCAGCGAAUGUCUCUGCAUGCAUCGACAAAGUUCUGCAAGAGUUUCAAGUGCCGCGGGAGUCUGUGCUUGCCAUCACAACUGAUAAUGCGACCAACUAUGUCAAUGCUGUCGAGAGGUAUUUGAGGAUCACGGAUAUCCCGUGCAUGGCGCACACAAUUAAUCUGGCAGCGAGAAAGGGGCUUUCAGAGCGUUCCGUUGCAACAGCCGUCAGCCGCCUGAAGGCUGCCGCUCAGCAUUUCAAGCACUCUCCUACAGACAGCUACCUCCUGGAGGCCAAGCAGAAGCUCCUUGGUCUCAAACCAGUCCAGCUCAUCAACGACUGCGCCACUCGCUGGAACAGUACAUAUGACAUGAUCUGUCGGGCAGCUGAUCAACAAGCCCCUGUUGCAGCAGUUAUAAUGGAGAAGAAACUCAGCCGUCUGGAGCUCAGCAGUGUGGAGUGGACGCUGAUGGAAAAGGUGAAAGAUGUGCUGCAGCCGUUCAAAGUAGCCACCCAGGCGCUGUCAACAGAAGCCUACCCAACAGCAUCAGCGGUCCUUCCCCUGCAGUAUGUGCUUCUGAAACAACUAAAGCCCUCCAUCGAUGACCCGGCAGGAGUGAAACAGAUGAAAACCAUGGUGUCAACUGAUCUGAAGGCGCGAUAUGGCCCCAACAAAGGGGCAUUCUUGCUACUGAACACAGCCAGCUACCUCGACCCCCGUUUCGACCGGCUGGUUCAUUUGGAUACUUACCUGGCAAGGGAGAUACCAUGA